CGCGUUCAACCGGUUACACAGUACGAGUGUGUGAUGACGCGACAGACGACUACUUCCGGGAAAAGCUCCAUAUGUCCAGGAGAGUGUUCAUGGAUAUCAGCGAAGCAUGUGCGCCUCAUGUGCAGCGGCAGGUGACGUUUUACAGGGAGCCACUACAGCCGGAGCAGAUCGUCGCGUACGCGCUGUAUAGGUGGGCCACAGGAGAGUCUUACGAUAACAGCACAUCAUCCUUCGACAUGGGCAGGACUUCCGAAAUUCGAGCCCUGCGCGAUGUGACAGCCGCUAUUUUGAGGGUGUAUGGGGAGAAGAUAUCGUGGCCGACGGGGGUGCGGAAACAAGUCGUGAUACGGGCAUUUUUGGACAAGGGCUUUCCAAACUGCCAUGGCGCAGUUGACUGCACACACAUCUACGUGGACAAACCGGCGAACGCGCCGAGCGAGAACUACUUCGACCGCAAGCACCGUUUUUUCUUCAUUGCGCAGGUCGUGGUGGACCUGAAUCUGCGCGUCCUUGAUGCGUUCGUGGGAUAUCCGGGUAGCUGCCACGACAUUAGGGUGAUCCAGCUGUCAAGUCUGUCGAGGCACGCGGAAGAGGGAUUGCUGUUUCGUGGGCCGCCUGUGACGCUGCCGGGAGGGGUGACGGCGAACGGAUACAUCUUGGGCGACAACGGGUAUCCUCCUUCUGAGUGGGUGGUGGUGCCGUACGGAGGAAUCAAUCAGCACCCGGACGAGGAAAGGUUCGACACGAAGCAGAAGGUCGCAAGAGGGGCCGUGGAGGGGCAUUUUCCACAACAUCCUGCUCGAUGCAGGAAUCGAGUUCGACGAGAAUUUGUUGUGGGAGGUCGACGCGAACGGGGUGAGGCGGCGAGUGGACCUGGGGAUUCAUCGCCCCCCGCAGCCAGUGUCCAUGUUGACUUCGACGCGCGAGGCUCAUGCGCUCCGCAAUGCACUGGCGCAGCGGAUGAAACAUGUUUGAUCCAGCCAGUCGCCUACCUGUUCGUCCCGUUCAGGUCUUGUCCCGCCAUAGUCGGCCAACAACUCUUUCGUCUUUCGCUCACGCGCGCGAUCACUAGUGAGGGUCUACCGUCGCGGUCGGGUUCUUUUCAGAUGUUUGUUCUUGUAUUCCACGACGCUGUAUAGGUCUAGUACGUCGCGCAGUGGGAGUGCGACGGGAUCGCUGAUGUAGUAUUCGUCCUCUGCGGUCGUCUUUUUCGUAUUUUGGGUCUUCAUUGUCGUCGUGGGCGAGAAGUUGGUUUUCCCGCGCAAUGCCGUGGAGUUGUCAAUGGGUUCAGUCCUUGUUGAAGGGGGGUGGGUGGGUUGGGGGGGGGGGUGUCGUAGACGGGAGUCGUAGUCGAGGGCUGGCACGAAGAGGUUCGUGAGCUCGCUGUUUCGCAUGCGCUUCACAGCGCC